AUGAUAAAUCGUUUUAAGGUAUGGACAUACACAGAGGGAGAAGUUCCAUUGUUCCAUGACGGUCCUGUAAACGACAUUUACGGUAUAGAAGGUCAAUUCAUGGACGAAAUGUGCGUCGAGGGACCAACGACUAGAAGCCAUUUUCGGGCGGAUCACCCUGAUAAUGCGCAUGUUUUCUUCCUACCAUUUAGCGUCGCAAAGGUCAUCCACUUCGUCUACAAGCCCAUCACCUCUGUCGAAGGUUUUUCGCGGGCUCGCCUACACCGCCUUAUCGAGGAUUAUGUUUCCGUAAUUGCAACUAAGUAUCCUUAUUGGAAUAGAAGCCAGGGAGGUGACCAUUUCAUGGUAUCUUGCCAUGAUUGGGCACCAGACGUGAUCGAUGGGAAUCCAAAGUUGUUUGAAAAAUUCAUAAGGGGACUUUGCAAUGCUAACACCUCGGAAGGAUUUAGACCGAACAUAGACGUAUCCAUUCCCGAGAUCUACCUUCCUAAAGGUAAACUGGGUCCGUCUUUUCUCGGAAAAUCACCAAGAAUUCGAUCUAUACUAGCAUUUUUUGCUGGAAGAACACACGGUAACAUCCGAAAAAUCUUAUUUAAACACUGGAAAGAAAAGGAUAAUGAUGUACAAGUUUAUGAACGUCUUCCCCCUGGAAAGGACUAUACCAAACUAAUGGGAAUGAGCAAGUUUUGUCUAUGUCCGAGUGGUUGGGAGGUCGCUAGCCCAAGGGAGGUCGAGGCGAUAUACGCUGGUUGUGUACCCGUGAUCAUAUCGGAUAAUUAUUCAUUACCAUUCAGUGAUGUGCUUAAUUGGGACUCCUUCUCCAUACAAAUCCCUGUUUCAAGGAUAACAGAGAUCAAAACGAUUCUUGAGAGUGUCUCUCUUGUAAGAUACUUGAAGAUGUAUAAGAGAGUCUUAGAAGUGAAGCGGCAUUUCGUGUUGAAUCGUCCAGCUAAGCCCUAUGAUGUGAUGCAUAUGAUGUUUCACUCUAUCUGGUUAAGACGACUUAAUCUUAGGCUUACUCCAUGA